CAUUCAUAUAUAUAUAAACCUCAAAAAAUAUCAUUCUGUUCUCAAUUGACAAUAUCAGUGUUAAUUAUGCGUGUUGUACUAAUACUACUUAUAUUAUUACAAGUAGUCACCGAUACUAUUGAUUCAUAUAAAUUACUAGAAAAUUAUCAACGUAAUCAUUUAUGGAGUGAAUGGAAAGCACAUUAUGCUAAAGAAUAUACCACUGUUGGAGAAGAAGAAAGUCGUAAAGCAAAAUGGCUUGAAAAUAUUGAAAAAAUUUGGUUGCACAACUUACGUUAUGACUUGGGGCUGGAAACAUUCACCAUGGGAGUGAAUCAGUUUUCAGAUGUUGACUGGACUGAAUAUACAGAAAAGUUUACAUCAUUGAAUAAAGAACCAGAUUUACUGAAAUCUUUGUCAUCUUCAUCGUCAUAUAUUGAAGAAAAUUAUGAUGUUAAUAAUGUUGGUUGGACGCCGGAUACAUAUGAUUGGCGUAAUCUGAAUAUUGUCAAUGAACCAAGAGAUGAGGGUUCAUGUAUUGGUUCCUAUGCAUUUGCUGUGACAGCAGCAACUGAAAGUCAAUAUGCAUUACGUACAUCACAAAAGGUUAACUUGUCUGUACAACAAUUUAUUGAUUGUACACGAAUAUACGGGAAUAUGGGAUGUCAUGGUGGUUAUACAUUCACUCUGUUUAUUUAUUUACAAAAUUUUGGAUUAGAAACAGAAGAGAGUUAUCCAUUUACUGCUGAGGAUGAAGACUGUAUGGCAAAUAGUUCAGAUGUUGUCGUCCAGUCGAUUGGAUUUAAACUACAUCGUCAUGGUUAUGAAACUAUCUUGAAAUGGGCAUUAUACAAUGAAGGUCCAUAUGUUAUUUCAAUGAAUAUUGAUCAGAAAUUUUUAUUCUAUAAAUCUGGUAUUUACCAAUCUGACACGUGUACACACUAUAACUUAAAUCAAAGUAUGUUGCUAGUUGGCUAUGGUUAUGAUAAUGAUGGUACUGAUUAUUGGAUAUUACAAAAUAAUUGGGGUAAAAAAUGGGGUGAAGGAGGUUAUGUUAAAGUAUUGCGAAAUAAUUGGAAUAUGUGUGGAAUUGCAUCUCUGGCCUUCAGGCCAAUAUUGAGCAGCUUUUGAGGCGGUUCCUUUCUUUCCUUUUUGAGCAUAUGUUAAAAAUUGAACUGAUUGUAUUUACACUACUUUAAUACAGUAUUAAGUAGUCAAAUGACGAAUGCCUUCAUUUUUGUUCAAAUAUAAC